CACAACCUGCAGUACCUGUUCCAGCAAUGGGGGAAUCUUACAUUAUAAGUAUAGACUUUGGAACAACAUACAGUGGAUAUGCCUUCAGUUUGACAUCCAGAGAAGAAGAAGUAGACCCUCAUGUGAAGUUUUGGGGUGAAGACGUUGGACUGGAAACCCCAAAGACUCCAACCUGCAUCUUGUUUGAUGAACAUCAAAAGUUUGUCAGCUUUGGAUAUAAAGCCAAACAGACUUAUUUAAAGAACUCAGGCAAAGAAUCCAGAGCGAAGUUCUUCUUUGAUUGUUUUAAGAUGUCACUCUAUGGCAAAAAAGUCACCACAGACUUGACAAUUAAAGCAGCCAAUGGGAGGGAAAUGAAGGCUCUGAAGGUUUUUGCAGAAGCUUUAAGAUUCCUGAAAGAAGACGCUCUGAAGACCAUUCAACAAAACACUGAAGGACUGAAGUUCACAGCCUCUGACUUCACCUGGGUGCUGACGGUUCCUGCAAUCUGGGAUCAUUCAGCCAAACAGUUCAUGAGAGAAGCUGCAACUCAGGCAGGAAUUGUGACAGAGGGAACUAAAAAUAAUCUGGUGUUUGCUCUGGAACCAGAAGCAGCUUCAGUCUUCUGUAAGAAACUACCAUCAGAGGGUUUCAUAGCAGAAAACCGGGGUGAAAGCAAACUGGACCAAUCCCCAGGAACUCAGUACAUCGUUGUUGAUUGUGGAGGAGGAACCAUUGACAUCACUGUUCAUGAAGUUGUUGAAGGAGGAUUUCUGAAGGAGCUGCACAAAGCCUCUGGGAACGACAUGGGAGGACAAACAGUGGACAGAAAAUUUAAAGAGUUCCUCAGAGAGACAUUCUCUCCUGAAAUCUGGGAUGAGUAUGAAGAAAAGUAUCCCAGUGAGGUUAGAAGAAUUAUGUAUGACUUCACACUUUUCAAAAGAAGAGAUGAAGAUAUGGAAAUAACCUGUCCAAUGAAUCUAGGAAUGAUGGCUUUAAAAAAACAGGACAUGGAAGAAUACUUUAAACAAGUUCAAGGAGCAUCUUAUGAUGAUGGAUCAAUCAAAAUAUUAAAGCAGAAACUGAGAUCUUUCUUUGAAGAGAGUCUGUGGAGCAUCACUAAGAGACUUAGAGAAAUCUUGUACCAAACAGCAAACAUUAAAUACAUUCUGUUAGUGGGAGGUUUUGCUGAAAGUCAGAUUCUACGGAGACACAUUACUGAUGAGUUUAUUGACGACUGCAAAGUUGUGUGUCCUUUUAGGCCCCAAGAAGCCAUUUUGAAGGGAGCUGUGGAGUUUGGAAGAAACCAAGGUGCAGUGGCAUCAAGAAAAAGUGACUAUACUUAUGGAGUACAUCUGUCAGAGCCGUUUAAGAAGUCGAAGCACAGGGCGGACAAGAAGUACAAAAACAAAGAUGGAGUCUUCUGUGGUGAUCUUUUUGGCAAACUAGUUGAAAUUGAUGAGGAUGUUAGUUGGAAUGAAACCAGAGAGCUCACAGUAUAUCCUUUAGAAAGAGACCACACAAAAAUAAUUCUUGCAUUUUAUCGCACAAAGAAAAAAGAUCCCAUGUAUGUGGAUGAGGCAGGUGUGGAAAAAAUUGGUUCAUUUGUUGUUGAGUCACCUGACACGUCACUUGGACUGGACCGUCAGAUUGUUCUAGAAAUAAAAUUUGGCUUCACAGAACUGAUGGUAACAGGCACUGACCGGGAGUCAGGAUCAGUACACACAGUCAACCUAAACUUCAUGACAAAUUAAUUCUGAUAACCAAACAAGAACAAAAAAGAAGACACAAAAAAAAUUAAGAAAUGUCAAAAACACCUGAUUUAAAGAUGGGGGUAUUAACUUAUCUGGUCCUCAAGGCACACUGUCCUUCAAGUCUCAGACAUCCAGACAGCUGAAUACCAAACAGGCCCGGAGGCGAGGGUGGGCCCAGAGUCAGCCGUGCCCAACCUGGACUGGGCACGGCUUUAUUUUUACGUCAGAGUGGCCAAGUAUCUCGAUUUGAUGCAGUAGAGGCUUCCGCACUUCCCAUAUCUGUGCAGCGGUCACUUUUUUUCCGCCGUCACAACUGUUUAAUCGUUGUUAUCACGUCAUAAUGUAUUUUUCCGAGCCACCUUUAAACGCAACAUGAGUGCAACAUGCGUGCAAACCAACGCUCGCGCCGACAGCGACGGAACCAGGCUGCUGUGCAGAGCUGCACAUGUGUGUGUUAGAAUAAUGGCGGCAAACCAGCAAAACGCAAAGAACUGUGCAUAGUUUCCCCUCCCCCAAUCUUAUACUGAGUGAGUUUAGUACAGUUGUCUGAUGCAGGUAAUGUUAGCUAAAAGAUGAUUAGUUAAUGCUAAUAUAUCAAUUUAAGCUUGUUCACGUUCAAAAGUGGGUAGUACAGGUUACAUUCACUUGAAUAACUUUUUUGGGAAAAAGGUACUUAUAUGAGCAGUUUUACUGCACUGUACUAUUGUCAAUUACUUCAGUGAUGAUUGCUACGUAGAUUGAUUUUGCAUUUAAAGAAAUAAACUUCAGAGAUUG